GAAGUAGACACAAACUUUUUUUUCCUCUCCCCUCCACUGAAGUUCUGUGACUUGCGCACUAGCGGACAGGGUGUAGCCUGGAUGGUCAGAUGUAGUACUUUUCUCUCUAAAAGUUUCCCCCUCCAUGGCGCUGCUCAGGAAUCAAUAGCCGAACGAGUGGAAGGAAGGAAGUAAAGUCGGGAAGAGAAGAGAGAGACAGACAGACAGAGAGAGAGACAGAGAGACAGAGACAGGCGUCGCGGUUUCCUGCAUGAUUUUAUUAGUCCCUCCGCACAGGUUUUGAGCAGGCGCAGGGAGUCCAGGUCGAGAAGGAGAGUGUUUUGGGGACAGGGUCACAGGACGCACGGAGACCAUCAUGCACUGCGUGGCUCUAGUUUUGAGUUUACUGACUUUGUGCGCAGCGCGCGUUCACGCAGCAAUGGACGAGUGCGUGGACGAGAGCGGUCGGCCUCAGCGCUGCAUGCCCGAGUUCGUGAACGCGGCGUUCAACGUGACCGUGGUGGCUACCAACACGUGCGGAUCUCCGCCUGAAGAGUACUGCGUGCAAACCGGCGUCACCGGAGUCACCAAGUCGUGCCACAUCUGCGAUGCCCGAGAUCCGAGACAGCAUCACAGCGCCGUCUACCUCACCGACUACAACACCCAAGCCGACACCACCUGGUGGCAAAGCCAGACCAUGUUAGCAGGCAUCCAGUACCCCAGCUCCAUCAACUUAACCCUGCACCUAGGAAAGUCCUUCGACAUCACCUACGUGCGUCUGAAGUUCCACACCAGCCGCCCGGAGAGCUUCGUCAUCUACAAGCGCACGCGCGAGGACGGCCCGUGGAUCCCGUACCAGUACUACAGCGGCUCGUGCGAGAAAACCUACGGCAAGGUGAACCGAGGCUUCAUCCGCACCGGCGAGGACGAGCAGCAGGCGCUCUGCACGGACGAGUUCAGCGACAUCUCGCCGCUCACCGGAGGAAACGUGGCCUUCUCUACGCUCGAGGGACGUCCCAGCGCAUACAACUUCGACCACAGCCCGGUGCUUCAGGAAUGGGUGACUGCGACAGACAUCAAAGUGACCCUGAACAGGCUGAACACGUUCGGAGACGAAGUGUUCAAUGACCCCAAGGUCCUGAAGUCGUACUACUACGCCAUCUCCGACUUUGCCGUCGGAGGAAGGUGCAAAUGUAACGGUCAUGCCAGCGAGUGUGUGAAGAACGAGUACAGCAAGCUGGUGUGUAACUGCAAGCACAACACAGAGGGUGAUGACUGCAACGUGUGUAAGCGCUUCUAUAACGACCGCCCAUGGAGAAGAGCCACCUCUGACAGUGCCAACGAGUGUCUGCCAUGCAACUGCAACGGCAAGAGUGGCGAAUGCUACUUCGACCAGGCUCUGUACCGCGCCACGGGUCACGGAGGUCACUGCCGCAACUGCGCCGACAACACGGAUGGACCCAACUGCGAGCGCUGCCUGGACAACUACUACAGAGUGGGUCCAGGCCAGCGCUGCCUGCCCUGCAGCUGUAACCCUGUUGGUUCUCAAAGCACUCAGUGUGACAACACAGGUCGUUGUAGCUGCAAACCGGGUGUCAUGGGAGAUAAGUGUGACCGCUGCCAGCCCGGAUUCCACUCGCUGACCGAGGCAGGCUGCAGCCCCUGCUCCUGCCACCCUGCCGGAAGCACACAGGAGUGCGAUGUCAAUACAGGACGCUGCCAGUGCAAGGAAAACGUGGACGGCUUCAGCUGUGACAGGUGUAAGCUCGGCUUCUUCAACCUGGACCCUCAGAAUCCUCAGGGAUGCACGCCAUGCUUCUGCUUCCACCAUUCCACUGUGUGCGAGAGUGCAGAAGGCUACAGCGUACACACCGUCACGUCCACCUUCGAUCGAGGUGACGAAGGCUGGACGGGUCAGCAGAGAGAUGGCUCCAGCGUGCCAGUGCAGUGGUCUCCGAGCUCUCAUGAGAUCUCGCUUGUUUCUGAAGACUACUUCCCCAUCUACUUUGUGGCUCCAGAGAAAUUUUUGGGGAACCACGUCCUGAGCUACGGUCAGAACCUGACCCUCAGCUUCCGGGUGGAUCGGCGUGACACUCGUCUUUCAGCCGAGGACGUGGUGCUGGAGGGGGCAGGACUCCGCGUCGCUGUGCCCCUCAUCGCUCAGGGAAACGCUUACCCCGGAGACCAAAUGCAGACCUUUGUGUUCAGGCUCCAUCACACCUCAGUCUCUACCUGGAGUCCAGAGCUUGAGCACGGAAAGUUCCAGAAGCUUCUCCACAACCUUACUUCCAUCAAGAUCCGUGGAACCUACAGCGAGAGAAGUGCCGGAUAUCUGGAUAAUGUGUCUUUGGUGACUGCGCGGCGAGGACAUGGGGAUCCAGCGCGCUGGGUGGAGAAGUGUUCGUGUCCUCCCGGCUACGAGGGCCAGCACUGCGGGAGGUGCUCUCUUGGAUACAGGAGGAGCCGACCAGAGCUGGGUCAAUUCAGCCCCUGUGAAACCUGCAACUGCAAUGGCCACAGCGACACCUGUGACUCUGUAACAGGAAUGUGUAACUGCGAGGACAACACAUCUGGCAUGAGCUGCGAGAGGUGUAAGGAUGGUUUCUAUGGCGACGCCACGGUGGGCUCUUCUUCGGACUGUAAACCGUGCCCGUGUCCUGCAGGCGCCUCCUGCGCAGUCGUGCCCAAAACCAAAGAGGUGGUGUGCACCAAUUGUCCGCUCGGCACCACAGGGAAACGGUGUGAGCUGUGCGACGACGGGUUCUUCGGAAACGGAAACGGGAACGGGAACGGGAAGAUGUGCCGGGCGUGUAAUUGCAACAACAACAUCGACCCCAACGCUGUGGGGAACUGCGACCGCGAAAGUGGCGAGUGCCUCAAGUGCAUCUACAACACCGACGGCUUUUUCUGCGAUCGCUGCAAGGACGGUUUCUAUGGCAACGCCUUGGCUAGCAACCAGGCCGAAAAGUGCAAACCUUGUUCGUGCAAUCGGUACGGCACGGUGAACGGCCAGACGGCCUGCAUGCAGGUAACGGGGCAGUGCGAGUGUCUCCCUCACGUCGUCAACCGAGACUGCAGCGCCUGUGAGCCCGGCUAUUACAACCUGCAGAGCGGAAAAGGCUGCCAACGGUGCAACUGCAACCCCAUUGGCUCCACUAACGGCCAGUGCGACGUUGUGAGUGGACAGUGCGAGUGUCAGCCCGGGGUCACAGGUCAGCACUGCGAGCGCUGUGAAGUCAACUUCUUCGGCUUCAGCUCGUCCGGAUGCAAACCCUGCGACUGCGACCCCGAGGGCUCCCGGGCGGCUCAGUGCAGAGACGACGGCCGCUGCGAGUGUCGCCCCGGCUUCGUCGGUAGUCGCUGUGAUAUGUGCGAGGAGAACUACUUCUACAACCGCUCCAUUUCUGGCUGCCAACAGUGUCCCAACUGCUACAGUCUCGUCAGGAACAAGGUGAACCAGCAGAGACAGAAGCUCCACGACCUGCAGAAUCUGAUCGACAACUUGGGCAGCCAGGACACGGUGAGCGACAAAGCCUUCGAAGACCGCCUCAAAGAGGCUGAGAAAACCAUCAUGGAUUUACUAAAGGAGGCUCAGGCCAGCAAAGAGGUGGACAAAGACCUCUUAGAUCGCCUUAAGAGCAUCAACAACACGCUGACGACGCAGUGGAACCGGCUGCAGAACAUCAGGAACACGGUGGAAGACACCGGAAACCUGGCGGAUAAGGCUCGCAGCCGAGUGCGCGAGACUGAAAAAAUCAUCGAGCGGGCUAGAGAGGAGCUGGACAAGGCGAAGCAUGCCUUCAGCAAAGUGGAUUUCAAAAUUCCCACGACUACUGGAGAUCCGAACAACUUGACGCUCCUGGCUGAGGAGGCUCGCAAUUUGGCAGAGAAGCACAAGACAGACGCGGAUCAGAUUGAGAAGAUCGCGAAAGACGCCAACGACACGUCGACUAAGGCCUACAACCUGCUGAUGAAGACUCUGGACGGCGAGAACAAGAUCAACAAGGACAUCGAUGACCUGAACAAGAAGUACAAUGAGGUAAAGGAUCUGGCGAAGAACCUGGAGAAACAGGCCACUAAAGUACGAGCUGAAGCAGAAGAAGCAGGAGACAAGGCUAUGAAGAUCUACGCAAACCUGACCAGCCUGCCUCCGUUUGAUAUCAAAUCACUAGAGGACGAAGCCAAUAAAAUCAAGAAGGAGGCAUCGGACCUGGAUAAGCUUAUCGAUAAAACCGAGAGGGAAUACAAUGAUCUAAGAGAAGACUUGCGAAGCAAGGAAAAUGAAGUCCGCAGACUGCUGGAGAAGGGGAAGACUGAGCAACAGACAGCGGAUCAGUUGCUGGCACGGGCAGACGCAGCCAAGGCCCUGGCAGAGGAUGCAGCAAAGAAAGGCCUGUCCACAUACCAGGAGGCAAAGGACAUUCUCAACAACCUCCGAGACUUCGAUAGAAGAGUGAACGACAACAAGACCACCGCGGAAGAGGCGUUGAAACGAAUCCCACAAAUCAACGCGACAAUCAAUGCAGCCAAUGAGAAGACUCGGCAGGCUGAGACGGCCCUCGGCAACGCGGCGGCCGACGCCAAAGAGGCCAAGUCCAAAGCAGAGGAAGCCGAGAAAAUCGCUAGCAAUGUCCAGAAGGGUUCUGCUAAAACCAAAGCAGAUGCAGAAAAGGCCUUUGACGACACGAUGAAGCUGGACGGCGAGGUGAAGGACAUGAUGAAGCAGCUGGCAGAGGCAGAGACCGAGCUGGAGAAGAAGAAAGAAGACGCAAUGCAGGACAUGAUGAUGGCUUCUAUGGCAUCAGACAACGCGAAGGAAGCAGAAGAAAACGCCCGCAAAGCCAAAAACUCCGUCCGCACCGUGCUCAACGCAAUCACAGACUUACUCGGCCAGCUAGGCAACAUUGACAAGGUGGAUCUGAGUAAGCUGGACCAGAUCGACCGAUCGCUGAAGGAGGCCAAGGAGAAAAUGGCAGGCAGCGACUUGGACAGGAAGCUGAAGGAGCUGAACGACAUGGCCAAGGGCCAGGAGGAUAUGAUCAGCGAUUACGACCGGCAGAUCCGCGAGAUCCGCGCCGACAUCGCCAACCUCAACGACAUCAAGAACACUCUGCCGAACGGCUGCUUCAACACGCCAUCCCUCGAGCGGCCUUAACCUCUCCCCUCAUCCUCUCCUCCCUCCAUCUCCACCACUUCUCGUCUCUACCACACCUGUCGUCAUCUAACAUUUGGGGCGAGAUGCCAUCCUUUACCAAAAUCUCACUGUGUUUUUUUUUUUUUGUUUUGUUUUGUUUUGUUUUUUGUCUUGUUUGUUUUAGCUGUGUUUUCUUAUCAGUGAAGCCACAUUUUUAUUUUAUUUUAAACUCGACAAUUCAGACAUUAGCAGCUUUUUUUAUUACCAGAUAUUCAAUCAUACUACCGUGUGAAAAGACAGGCUUGGAGAGGUGUCUUCUUGAGGUCACCUCCAGAACUUUUAUUCCUCCUCCAUCCUGCCUUCAAUCCCAGUGCCAUGCAGUCAUGUCGGUUUGCUUGGAGAAUUAAGUGAUUUCUUUUUGUUUUCUCCCCCCCCCCCCCUCCAUCACAUUACUUUAUAACGCCAUCUAUUUACCAUUUGGUUCAGAAAACGGACAGUGAAGGAAUCUUAUUUGCUGUUUUCUUUGUAAUCUGCCUCUUCUCUCUCUCUCUCUCUCUCUCUCUCUCUCUCUCUCUCUCUCUCUCUCUCUCUCUCAGUUAUAGAAGCCUACUAUCAGCGGCCGUGCAGAGAGAGUUAGUAACACACACUACAGUACAGUAUUCAGCUCAUCUCGUCUUGUCUCACGAGCGUAUCCAGCUCACGUUCAGCUCAGUGAUCUAAACACGUUUCACACAGUUCUUUAACACUACGUUUAACGCCAUCGUCUUCUAUAAAAGCUGCUGCUUACUUAUUGCCAAUCUCGCGUUCACGUUUUUAUUUUCAAGGCGGAAAAAAAAAUUCAACACUAUGCAACUUUGUACAUUUGCGUAGCAAGACCUAUCUGAUACACUGGUGCUAAUAAUUAUUUCAAAUGUUAUAUUUUUGUGUGAAUGUUUUUUUUUUUUUUUUUAAUUAUUAUGAUGAUAUAGAGUGAGGAUUUUUUUUGUGUAAAUAUAUUCUUAAAUGUUUCAGGAAUGGCUGAUUUUUUUGGUUUUUUUAAACUACACCACCACCCUGCCAGCUGUAGGUUAUUUCACCUAAGAGAAAAUCAGCUAAAAUCUCCACCUCCAUAAUAUAUAAAUCUAUAUAUAAGACCUGUGGUAUAAUAUGCUUGCUUGUAUACAUGGCUAAUUUUUUUUUUUCCCCAGUCGCCUUAUAGCGCUGCCAUUUAUGCUAAAUUGUGUUUAAUUCUCAGCGGGUGGUUAAUAAAUAAAAACAAGAUAUAACGCUUUUGUACAAAGAACACUCCCUUAACUAAAACUGUCCAAAUGUGUACAAUAUGUCUAACAUUUCAAAAAGUGUUUUGACAGAAAGCUGGUCAUUUGACUAGUUUCGCAGAUAUGACGGUGUCUUGUGCCUUAACUGCUGGAGAAGAUCAUCAGCCCACCCAAUCCACAAUUUAUACACUAUUUUUUAAUUAUCAUUAUUUUUUUUAUAAGGAUGUAAUCAGAAAAUGUGCACACACUAUGCGAUUCUUGUUGUCGCUAGAUUUAAAGAAGCAGGAAGAGUAUUAAGCACUCCACUACAGAUAUGGUUUCUCAGAGUCUCUAAUGGCCUCGACACUCCUCCUUUAUGUAUCUUACCUGGUGAAUUUAUCCAGAACAUUUCCUCGAAACCUCUCGCCUUACCAAUGUGGACACGAGUGCAACAUGUACACAAUUAUGUAUACAGCAGUAUUUCUAAUUUAUAAUGUAUCAAGUAUUUUUUAAAGCUGUUCUUCAGUAUAUGGGUGUGUGUUGCACGGUCUUUAAGUUGGUUUCCUGCUUUAAUCUGUUGAUCUUCAAGGCACUCUUCACACACACACACACACACACACACACACUUGAAAGGGCCUGAGAAACUCCAGCUUGUCACCCAUUUGCCUGUUAAAUCGAGUUAUAACAUUUGAAUAAUAAACAGUGGUUACUUCCAGACA